AUACAAUGUGUUUGGACGGUAAAAUGGAAACGACUCGAUAUCGCCGUCUGCCAGCCUUUGGGCUACUCUCGCUUUGAAACACAAAAUCUCAUCAAUGGGACUGACACCAGAGGUGUAAACUACUUAAAGUAAAAAAUACUUUUAAGUCGUUUUUUCGGGGGGAGUAUCUGUACUUUAUCUACAUUUUUGAGUACUUUUGCUUCACUAUAUUCCUAAAGACAGUAAUGUACUUUUUACUGCAUACAUUUUCUCUGAUACCCAAAAGUAUUCAUUACAUUUUGAAUGCUUGGCAUUUAUCAAGAGAACAUCCCCGGUCAUCCCUAUAUUUGCUAUAGGCGUUUCUAUUGUCUCUUUCCUCUCGCCGUGGAACAGCCGUCGCGGGACAGAGGAAUGCGUUCAUUCUAGUCGAACGACGGCAGGAGAGCGCAACGGUUGGAUACAGAUAACUGAUGUUCAGAAAAAGAGGUCCUGAUGCGACACUCCAAACAGUAAACGUUGCCCUGCUGUAUCCCUCUUCCUCAUCUCAACCUGCUGCUCCUCCUCCUCCUGUACUUCCUGCUCCUCCAGAACCGACUAUUGGUACCGUUGGUUCCGUCCUUGGGUCCCCAACCCUCACUCGGCUGGUUAACAAAUCCCCGCUUUCCCCCUCCUCUCCGCUCCCCCGGUCCUCGUCCCUGGACCUCCUCUCCCCCCCGGCCCGAGUCUUCGCCCCACUUGCCCCCGUCCCCGGCAACAUGUCCAUCACCCUGAAGCAGGUCUUCAACAAGGACAAGACCUUCCGCCCCAAGCGUAGGUUUGAGCCGGGGACACAGCGUUUCGAGCUGCAUAAAAAGGCCCAGGUGUCGCUGAGCUCCGGGGUUGACCUACGGGCGGCGGUUGCUCUGCCCCACGGGGAGGAUCUGAACGACUGGGUGGCCAUGCACGUGGUUGACUUCUUCAACAGGAUCAACCUCAUCUACGGGACGGUGUGUGAGUUCUGCACGGAGAAGAGUUGUCCCGUCAUGUCCGGAGGUCCUAGGUAUGAGUACCGAUGGCAGGACGAUCACAAGUACAAGAAACCAACGGCUCUACCGGCUCCCAAGUACAUGAACUUGCUGAUGGACUGGAUCGAGGUCCAGAUCAACAACGAGGAUAUCUUCCCCACCAGCAUGGGUAUCCCCUUCCCCAAGAACUUCACCCAGAUCUGUAAGAAGAUCAUCUGCCGUCUGUUCCGGGUGUUUGUCCACGUCUACAUCCACCAUUUUGACCGUAUGAUCCUGAUGGGAGCUGAGGCCCAUGUUAACACCUGCUAUAAGCACUUCUACUACUUCAGCACAGAGCUCAACCUCAUAGACCGCAAGGAGCUGGAGCCACUGAAAGAUAUGACGUCUGGGAUGUGUCACUGAGGUGUCGUAGCAGAACCACUGGAGCUGCCGAUGGCCUGGCAGGAGGUUGCCGUGGAUACGCUGUGGGAGGGGUCCAGUGAGCAGCAGACAUGCCUCUGAAGCUUGAUCACAUCAUCACCGUGCGUCUGGUAGCCGUACAAGAACCUGUUACCUGCAGAUACGCCUGCCUGGCUGGAUCCACACUGUAGCGAGGACAGACUCUACUACUUGUACGAUCAACACUGUAGCAGAGACUUCUAGACUCUGCUGUAGUUUGUCACGUUAAAUCAUUCUCUCUAUAACACCAGAUCACAGAGGAGGAGCUGACUAACUAAUGUUUGCAUGAGUUGAUUAUGUUCAAUAUGAGAGUAUGACUACUAGGACCACUUACUUACUAACUGACUUACUGGCAGGCUGGCUGACUGAUUCACUGGCCAGCUGGAUGACUGACAUUCACUGGCCAGCUGGAUGACUGACAUUCACUGGCCAGCUGGAUGACUGACAUUCACUGGCCAGCUGGCUGACUGAUUCACUGGCCAGCUGGCUAGCUGACUGUUUCACUGGCCAGCUGGAUGACUGACUGAUUGACUGGCCAGCUGGCUGGCUGAUUCACUGGCCAGCUGGCUAGCUGACUGUUUCACUGGCCAGCUGGAUGACUGACUGAUUGACUGGCCAGCUGGCUGGCUGACUGAUUCACUGGCCAGCUGGCUGACUGAUUCACUGGCCAGCUGACUGACUGACUGAUUGACUGGCCAGCUGGCUGGCUGACUGAUUCACUGGCCAGCUGGCUGACUGAUUCACUGGCCAGCUGGCUAGCUGACUGUUUCACUGGCCAGCUGGAUGACUGACUGAUUGACUGGCCAGCUGGCUGGCUGACUGAUUCACUGGCCAGCUGGCUGACUUAUUCACUGGCCAGCUGACUGACUGACUGAUUGACUGGCAAGCUGGCUGGCUGACUGUCAAAUCAAAACGUAGGAAUGGAAUCCUAUUCCUUAUUUAGUGCACUACUGUUGACCAGGGCUCUAUGGGACCCUACGGGGCCCUAUGGGCAAAGGCAGUGCACUAUGGUUGACCAGGACCCUAUGGGACCCUUUGGACUAUGGGCAAAGGCAGUGCACGAUAUAGUUCAUCCGAAAUUCAGACCCCUUGACUUUUUCUACAUGUUGUUACGUUACAGCCUUAUUCUAAAACGGAUUACAUACAUCUUUUCCUAAUCAAUCUACGUCACAAUACCCCAUAAUUACAUCACAAUACCCCAUAAUUACUUCACAAUACCCCAUAAUGACAUCACAAUAACCCCAGAAUGACAUCACAAUAUCCCAUAAUGACAAAUUAAAAACAGAAAUACUUUAUUUUCAUAAGUAUUCAGACCCUUUGCUAUGACACUCGAAAUUGAGCUCAGGUGCAUCCUGUUUCCAUGGAUUAUCCUUGAGAUGUUUCUACAACUUGAUUGGAGUCCACCUGUGGUAAAUUAAAUUGAUUGGACAUGAUUUAGAAAGGCACACACAUGUCUAUAUAAGGUCCCACAGUUGUCAGAGCAAAACCAAACCAUGAGGUCGAAGGCGUUGUCUGUAGAGCUCCGAUACCGGAUUGUGUCCAGGCACGGAUCUGGGGAAGGGUACCAAAUAUUUUCUGUAGCUUUGAAGAUCCCCAAGAAAACAGUGGCCUCCAUCAUUCUAAAAUGGAAAAAGUUUAGAGCUGGCCUCCCGGCCAAAUUGAGCAAUCAGGGAUGAAGGGCCUUGGUCAGGGAGGUGACCAAGAACCCAAUGGUCACUCUGACAGUGCUCCAGAGUUCCUCUGUGGAGAUGGGAGAACCUUCCAGAAGAACAACCAUCUCUGCAGCACUCCACCAAU